AUGGAAGAAGAUAGUGUUUAUGUGAAUAUGGAUAGUAUAGAAAAUGAGGAGUAUAAAAGGUUGGGUUCUGGUACCGAAGCUUUAUCUGAGAAGGAAGACAUUGUUUUGAAAUAUGCACAUAAGAUAAAGACUGAGCCAUUUAAGAAAGGUCCGCAAAUUCAUAAAGACCGUGCGAAUAGAGCCACGGUUGAGCAAGUUUUGGAUCCCAGGACGCUUCGAUUUUUGGGUAAGAUUUUUAAUACUAAUUUAAUGACUCGAAUCAAUGGGUGUAUUAGCACCGGUAAGGAAGCAAAUGUGUAUCACGGAACUCAUGAUGAUCUUGACAAUGACUCUGAGUUUGCAGUUAAGGUAUUCAAAACGUCUAUUCUUGUUUUUAAAGACCGUAAGCGGUAUGUGGAUGGAGAUUUCCGGCUCCGCGGUUGUAAGGACCAGGGUAAUCCCAGAAAGAUGGUGAAGAUUUGGGCUGAAAAGGAGUUUCGUAAUUUGAGUAGGAUAUAUCAGAGUAGAGUGCCAUGUCCUCGCCCUUAUAUGAUCAAGUCGCAUGUGUUGGUAAUGGAGUAUCUAACUGAAGGUCAUGAUCAGCCGUCGCCAAAGUUGAAGGAUUAUGAUUUUAAGGAUCAUGACGAGGUUAUUAGAUACUAUAAAGAUAUGUUGAUUUGCAUGAGGCGACUAUUCCAGGAGUGUAAGCUUGUUCAUGCAGAUUUGAGCGAAUAUAACUCAAUUGUCCAUGUUAAUAAACUAUAUAUUAUAGAUGUGUCACAGUCUGUGGAACCAGAUCAUCCUAUGGCGCUUGAUUUCUUGAGAAUGGACAUCAAGAAUGUCAAUGAUUUUUUUCACAGAAAGGGAAUUGACGUGUACCCAGAAAAGGCUAUUUUCAAAUUUGUCACUGCAAGUGAUGAGCAGCUAGAGAUAGAUACGGCAAAUGAAGACACUUUGAUGUUGUAUUUAAAGUCUUUGCCAUUAAAGACAACUUGCGAUCAGGAAAUAGAGGAUGAAGUGUUUAGGUCUUUGCAUUUGGUGAGGUCGUUGAAUCAUCUUGAUGAGAGAGAUUUUCAAAAAUUUUCCGAGGGUAAAGUGGACACGAUGAAUGAGCUUGUGUCCUCUGUUAAAAGGACACACGUUCACUCGUCCGAUGAUAUUGGCAAUACAGACAAGGAGGAUAUUGCUGAAAACGGUGGCGAACAGUCUGAUCUGUCUAGUGAUGUAGAAGAUGAAAGUGAAGAAACAGAGGGGGAAACAGAGGGGGAAACAGAGGGGGAAACAGAGGGGGAAACAGAGGAUGAGGAAGAUGACGGGGACGGGGACGAGGACGAACAUUAUAGACAAGAUAGCAAACCCAAGGGGAAAAAAUUUGAGGACAAGGAGGAAAAGAAAGCUAGAAAGGAAGCUGUGAAAUUGGCCAAACAAGAGAAGAGAAAAACAAAGAUGAAAAAGCAUAUAAAGAAAAAGAUUAUCAACAAGAGGAAAACUCCCAACUAG